CUUAAACCUCUUAAACUUUGAUCUUUUUCCAAAAAUAUUAAUUUGAAUAGUUGAUUUUGAUGUUGCGAAAAAGUAACAGUCACUAUAUUGUUGGUUUGAGUCUGCACUAAGCGGCAUAAUCAGUACAUUUCUGCAAGCCAUUUUCGAACUGACGCCCUACGGUCACACUUGGUCAAAUGGAAAUAAGAAAAAAGUAGACAGUCGUCCAAUUAAGUUAAUUUUGCUAAGUAAACAUACAAGUGCAGACUCGGCGCGCGCACCCAACAUACUCAAACGGCCGACCCCGAUAAAGUGUUCACCGACGUAAAAAGUGCCGGAUCCGUAGUUUCGCCAGCCUAGUGCUCCACGUGUGGAAAUCUCGCCAGGAAAGCCCCGAGGCACACGCACACACUCGCAGCGCGAAGCAAGGAACACGUAUACAAAUGCGCGCGAGGAAAAGCGCUAGGUCAGAGGAAAGUGAAAAGUGAAAAGCGCGUGCGACAGCAGCACUCAGGGAUUUGCCAACGCAAUCGCACGUAACCGAGCAAGAUGCCGCUGCUCGCGUACCGGGAGAAGCACAUUCUCAGCGCCCAGCAGCUACGUAAGCUGAGCGAGCACAAGUACUCGUGCUUCAGCGCCAGUCUCCUCGAUCCGCUGCUGCAGCCCUGGUGGAACUGGCUGGUGGCCCAGACGCCCCUCUGGCUGGCCCCCAAUCUCAUUACCAUCGUGGGCCUCAUCCUCAAUGUGGUGACGACGUUGAUAUUAAUUUGCUACAGUCCAAAUGGUGUAGAACCUCCGCCGCGUUGGACCUGUUUCCUGUGCGCCCUGGGCUUGUUUAUUUACCAGAGCCUGGACUCCAUCGAUGGCAAGCAGGCGCGUCGCACGAAUACCUCCUCGCCGCUGGGCGAGCUCUUCGAUCAUGGCUGCGAUUCGAUAUCCACAGUGUUUGUGGCUCUGUCGGCCUGCGUCUCCUGCCAGCUGGGUCACUAUCCCAAUUGGCUAUUCUUUCAGUGCUUCUGCGCCAUAGCUCUCUUCUACUGCGCCCACUGGCAGACCUAUGUGUCUGGCACGAUGCGCUUUGGACGAAUCGAUGUAACGGAAGCUCAGUUCUCAAUCAUCGCCAUACACCUCAUAUCGGCUGUGCUGGGGCCCGAGAUUUGGCUGACCAAGAUACCAAUCGUGGGCCUUUCAUGGAAUUACACAAUAUUAGUAUUUAUCACGUUCGGUUAUACCUUGAAUAUAAUCAAUUUCUUAAAAAUGUUCACUGAAGGCGGCAGUGGCAAAAACGGCUCCUCAGUUGCUGGCACCAGUGUGCUGUCGCCGAGUAUUCCGCUUACGUUGGUGGUUUUGCCCGCCCUGAUGAUUGCCCAGAAGUCGCCGCAGAAUAUCUUCACCGAACACGCCUCGGUAUACAUUCUGGCCUUUGGAAUGGUGGCGGCCAAGGUCACCAAUAAGUUGGUGAUUGCCCACAUGACCAAGUCAGAGAUGGAUUACUUGGACUGGUCGCUGCUCGGUCCCUCGCUGCUGUUCCUCAACCAGUACUUCAACUGCGUCGUCCCAGAGAUCUGGCUGCUGUGGUUCACCCUGAUCUGGGGCACCCAGGAUCUGCUGCGCUACUGUGCGCAGGUCUGCCUAGAGAUCUGCCAGCACCUGCGCAUUGAUCUCUUCCGGAUACCGUACACGCCCAAGGGUAUGCCCUCGAAUCCGGCCACCGCUUCCGUGAGCAGCCAAAGUAACUUUGGCGGCGGCGGCAGUGCGGACAAGAACGGCGGCGCGGCGCAUAGAAAGUCCAAGAGCAAAGCGCACUAGAUUUUCGCCGCCUACAUUAAUUAGUUUUCUUUUUACCAAUUAACGUCGUUAGAGAGAUGUGGGGGAAGGGAGGGGGGGGUUGGAUGAAGAUACUCGUAGCAGGAGUCGCAGUCGUCGCAGGAAGUUCAACUACAAGAACCGUAAACACAACCCAACAAAAUUCACCGUCGUCAAUGUUUAAACAAAAGUCUAGUAAAACGAAAUAAAGCGAGGCCUCAGAGAGGGUGGAGGAGGCGCGAUGACGAAGCAAAACGUUGCUCCUAAAUUUUAAGAGUUAGUUUACAACUUGUGUGUUGUUGUAGCAAAUGUGGCAGGUGGCUAAAGAGGAGGAGGAGGAGGAGAAACAGAACUGUUGCAGUCUCCUUCGAUAUCAAUUAUGAAUGGCUAUAUAUAUAAAAAUAUACCUAUAAAUAUACAUAUAUUUUGUAUGAUUGUGUAAGUUGUAAUAAAUCUAGAUGGCAGUAUUUUUACUGUACACACACACCCAACACACACUUGUGCGAAUGCCAAAAAGAAAGCAGAUUAGAAGCCCAACCCAACACACGUUUUUGGCGCAACGAAAGCUCAAUUUACGUUUAAGACCGAUCUAUCCAUCCCACGAAAAAAAACACAAAAACAAAGACAGCUAUUAUGUCCUAGCAGAUGCAAUCCUCGGCCAACCGAGCCUGUCUGUAGUCUAUAUCUAUUCAUGUUACUCGUAUUUACGUAUUUAGUGCUUAGUUUCUUACUCAUCGUGGCCGUGACAUUCUAAAUACCUGUCCCUAUUCUAAUUCUAGGCCCGAAAGCGUUCCUUUCUUAUGCAUCCUAGCUAAAAAAAAAACAAAAGUAAACCAACCCUACACAUAUAUUAUAUAUUUGUAGCUCGCUCGGCUCGGUUCCGGCAAACUUUAUAGUUAAACUAUUAUGGAUUAUGUUUUAUGUUGUACAAGAAGACGAAGAUCAAAUUGGAGACGUAACAAAACAAUACAAAUAAAACGAAAUGCAAAACAAA